AAUAUAAUGGCUAUGUAUAAGAAGAUUUAUAAGGGUGAAUUUCGAUGUCCUAGAUGGUUUUCACCUGAAUUGAUUCGGUUAUUGACUCGACUUCUUGAUACUAAUCCUGAUACCCGGAUCACAAUCCCGGAGAUUAUGAACAAUAGAUGGUUUAAAAAGGGGUUUAAGCAUGUGAAAUUUUAUAUUGAGGAUGAUAGGUUGUGUAGUGUUCAUGAUGAUGAUGGGGUAGAUUAUUCUUCUGAUCAGUCGUUGUCUGAAUCGGAGUCAGAGGUGGAGAGCCGGAGGAGGCUCACGAGUUUACCAAGACCCGCGAGCUUGAAUGCAUUUGAUAUAAUUUCAUUUUCGCCUGGUUUUGAUUUAUCUGGGUUGUUUGAGGAGGGAGGAGAGGGGGCAAGGUUUGUUUCGGGGGCUCCUGUGUCGAACAUUAUAUCAAAAUUGGAAGAAAUUGCAAAGGUGGUGAGUUUUACGGUGAGGACGAAGGAUUGUAGAGUGAGUUUGGAAGGGUCGAUGGAGGGAGUGAAGGGUCCUUUGACGAUUGCUGCUGAGAUAUUUGAAUUGACACCAUCAUUAAGGGUGGUGGAAGUGAAGAAGAAAGGAGGGGAUAUGGGAGAGUAUGAGGACUUUUGUAACCGGGAACUGAAGCCUGGGUUGCAGAAACUUAUGGUGGAGGAGUCUGCUGAAUCUUCACAUUUGCCAUCGGAUACUGAAUAG